CACGACUCGACCGUUGAGGCAGAGGCACUGGGGCUAUGGGCAACUGCUGUGGCAAAGAACGGGUGACACCACCUGCUGUAGCAUCCGGGAAGGGUACACUGCUGGUGACAGAUGAGUUCUGCCUGGCAGGCAAGGCCGGUGGCCGCAAUGCCCGCCUCGAGGCCCUGCUGGACCAUGUCUACACCGUGGUGGAGAACGACCCACAGUUUGCCGGCCAGACCUUCUCGUCGGACGUCUCCUCGCCGGCCGUCGUUGCUGCUCUUGAGGCCGACCUCGCCCGAGCCCACGACAAGAAGUACGUCAAGGGCGGGAUGAAGGCUCUUCGCGUUGCCCUCCGCUCUGCUCCAGAGGCAAAGAUCCCCGUUCCGGGCACGGGCACGAGUCUCUCCGCCCUCCGCCUCCGCGCCAUGGGCGGCUGCGUCAACAUCGCCCUCCGCGCCGUCGACUCGCUCCUCCUACCCUCGAACAAGCAGUCGCACAACGUGCUGGGCUUCACCUCCAACUCGGGCCACCGCGCCUCACGUGCUGUCGCGCCCAAGGGCUACAACAUGUUCAACGCCGCCGCCGUCGCCGCACUCUACGCUCGUGCACGCUUUGGCCUCGACCGCGUCGCCGUCCUCGACCUCGACCCGCACUCGGGCGAGGGCACCCUGGACAUGGCGCGGAGCCACGGCUUUUUCUACGGCGCCACACAGCUUGUGGCCGAUGACGUCGACCUCUCGCGCGCAAAGAUCACAGAGGCCGACGGCCGCAUCGUCGUCCGCGGCCUGCCCUGGGACGCCACCGCUGACGAAUUCCGUUCCGCUUGGGCCUCCUCCAUCCUGCCCAAGCUCAAGGCAUACAGCCCGCAGCUGGUCAUUGUCUCGCUCGGUUUUGCCGACGCCGAAGACGACGACCGCUUUGUCGGCGGCGUGUGGGGCGUUGAUCCCGACGAGUACUUUUGGGUCCUCGACCACGUUGCCUCUAUUGCCGAGACUGCCGCCCUCGGCCGCAUUGUUGUCCUCCUUGAAGACGGCGUCCACGUCGACUCGGUCCUCGACUACACCACCAUGGCCCUGUAUGCCCUUGUCGGCGCUGACCCGCCCGAGGCUGCUGUCGUCAUCGACGAGCAGUACUCGGAGCCCGAGUCGUCCGAGUCCGAGCCCGAGUCCGAGCCCGAGCCCGAGCCGACUCCGGAACCGAGCCCCGAGCCGACCCCGGAGCCGAGCCCCGAGCCGACCCCGGAGCCGUCGUACGACGAAGACGACUCGUUUGUCGACGAGCCGCGCUACGAGUACGACGACGACGACGGCUGGCUCGACCCGCGCCACACCUUCCUCGACCAGGAGAUCGGCAAGCAGUGGGCCAUCAACCGCGAGCUCGAAGAGCGCCUCGCUGCUCUGGAGACAACGAUCCAACAGGCCGAUGCCCACGAGGCCGACGUUGAGGCCCGCCUUGCCGUGCUCGAGGCCCAGCUUGAGGACGAGAAGGCGACCCUCGAGCCCAUGCGCGCAGCCCUUGCGCCCCACACGAACGACAUCAUGGCUUCGGUCCACGCCAUUGACGACAAGGUGGUCCGCGCUCGCGAGCUCACCACGCUCAUCGCCGCCAACAAGGAAACAUCGGCAGAACUGCGCGAGCUCAUCGCCGCCCUUGAGGCCCAGGUUGUCGAUCGCGCCCGCGAAAAUGUUGUUGCCCACGUCGAGGCCGGCGAUCGCGAAGCUGCCGCCGUCGCCCGCGCCAAGGACGAGCUUGCCGCCCUCAACGCCUCGGCCGCUCGCAUGCUUGAAGAGCUCGGCGAGCUCUCAGAGUCCUCCAACGUCAUUGCUGCUGCCUUUAAGCGCGCCGCCGGCGAGGUCCGCACCACCCGCCUCGCAGCCUCGCACCUCGACGACGACAUCCUUGGCGCUUACGCCAACGUUGAGGCCAAGGUCGACUUUGUUGCCAACACCGCCACCAUGCGCAAGAUGCGCGAGCGCGACGUUGCCAUCGCAAAGGAGGGCCACAUCAACAUGCUCCAGCGCAAGGUCGACCGCGUCAACACCGGCCUUGCUCGCGUCGGCCAGAUCGCCAACGAGACCAGCGCCGCCAUUGACGCUCAUGACGCUGUCUCGCCCGAGCGCGCCGCCGCCCGCGAGCAAGUCCGCCUCGCCCAGGCCCAAGUCGACGCACACCUUGCUGGUGCACCGGCUGUCGCCGCCCGCCCUCCGCGUGCCGCAUCGGUCUCGACCGCACUGACUGCAGACACCUCGGGCAUGGACUCUUCCGGCUUUACUGACUUUCAUCCGGCCACAGACUCUUUCUAUCUCGACCAAUGAAACCACUGCACACA